ACCAAAGCGGAAGUUUAAGCAUCGUGGGCCUGACCGCCACCAGGUCUCAGCAUACCAAAGUUGAACAAACGGCCUACAUUCAUAUAAAGAGGUCAUAUAUAUUCGGACAGUUAGACCAUUACCUCUGACGUUGCCCCAUCAGCAGCACACGGUCCCCGGCUUCCUUCCACCCCUGGCUUGUGACGUUUCGUAAUCGAACCGCAUGGUCGUGCAGGUGGCAGCACAGUCCCGACCGUUUGACUUCUUGCAAUAAGAAGUGUCAGUGGACAUGUAUAUAUUUGACUCUGUUCUCGAGUCUGACAGUGUCUCCGCUCACUUCUGCGACAUCGGACAAGCUCUAUACACUAUGCUUAACAAGGCUCUACUCUGUCUGGUCACUUUCGCUGCUUCUGUAAAUAUUCUCAAUUAUGGCGGCGUCCCGAUGGGCGUGCAAGCACAGUACCUUCUUGGUUUAGGCAUUGGUGACAUCACUGGCCCUGUAGUGGAGACUAACAUGAUGGGCUAUGCUAGCUUGGGGCAGACGGACACUGGUCUCCACAUGCGACAGCGAAGUCGUGCAUGGAUCGUUGCGGAUGCCUCAAACUCUUCAAACAGAGUUGUGUUCAUCAAUGCCGACAUCGCAAUGGGGGACACCGGCAUUCGCCGAUCGAUCGUUUCCCAGCUCUCAUCUGAAUUCCCCGGUCUUUAUACGAACGAAAAUAUCGCUCUCGUGUCCACCCAUCAGCACAGUGGCGUUGGUGGCUAUUUAGAGAACCUACUUCCGCAGAUCACUGCUUUGGGUUAUGUCAAGCAAACUGCUGACGCCAUUGUGGCGGGGACAGUGUUGGCCGUUCGCCGUGCUCAUGCAAAUCUUGCUCCUGGCAAGUUGAGCUUAGGCAACACUACAGUCUUGAAUGCGAAUAUCAAUCGUUCGCCUAGUGCAUAUCUUGCCAAUCCGGCGGAGGAGAGGGCCAGAUACCAGUUUGAUCAAGAUAAGGACCUUUCUCUGCUCCGUUUUGAUGAUGCGAGUGGAAACCCGAGAGGCUUCUUGAGCUUUUUUGCCGUUCAUGGAACCAGUCUCUACGAAAACAACACGUUGGUCAGUGGUGAUAACAAAGGCAUGGCUGCUUACUUGUACGAAGCUAUGGUCGAGCCAUCGGCUAUGCCAGGCAACAACACAUUCGUAGCAGGCUUCACCCAGUCCAACGUGGGCGACACGAGUCCAAAUACUGAAGGUGCCUUCUGCGAAAGCCCGGGUCAACCAUGGGACGGCCAACCCUGUGAAUUCGAACACUCUACCUGUGGCAAUAAGACCGAGGACUGCCAUGGACGUGGUCCAGGGUUCCGUAUUUCCGAUUUUGAAUCCAACCGACUCAUCGCUCAAGCUCAGGUAGAUGGUGCCAAGACACUUAUGAGCCAAACUCUUCCCGCUGUUAGCGGCCCUAUCCAAUGGGUACAUACUUACAUGAAUAUGUCAUUCCGCUCCUUUACCUUGCCAAACGGGACCACUGUUCAGACAUGUCCCCCAGCUAUGGGAUUCUCAUUCGCUGGUGGUACUACCGAUGGCCCUGGAGCAUUUGACUUCAUUCAGGGAGACAAUUCUUCUAAUCCGCAGAAUCCAUUCUGGGAGAUUGUGAAGGGUGCGGUAACGCCUCUUCCAUCACCCGAACAGGUGCAGUGCCAAUCGCCAAAACCUAUCCUUCUUAACACAGGAUUCGCGCAUUCUCCCUAUGAAUGGUCACCAAGCACCGUCGAUAUCCAAAUGCUUCGGGUUGGUAACCUCGUGAUGCUCAUCAUUCCUGGCGAACUCACGACUAUGGCUGGUCGACGACUAAGAGAGGCCGUUCGAACCAAACUCAUCUCCUCAGGCAUCAUCGGUGAUGACGCGUACGUCGUGAUUGCAGGGCCUGCGAAUACAUAUGCGCACUACGUCACCACGAGAGAGGAAUACGCUGUUCAACGUUAUGAGGGAGCUUCGACGAUCUUUGGUCCAAAUACCCUCGAUUCUUAUAUUGACAAGUAUACCAGUCUAUUACCGUUCCUCGCUCCUAAUGCCUCCGGGUCACCUUCUUCCGAUCCAGCUCCACAGGAUCAGACGAGCAAGGCGAUUUCAUUGCAGACUGCAGUCAUACUAGACAAUGCACCAAUUGGCGAGAGCUUCGGUAGGGUCAUCGCUGAUGUUCAAACAACGUCGCCAUAUCAUGCUGGGGAUACUGUCGUAGCCCAGUUCGUUGGAGCGAACCCUAGGAACAACUUGCGAUUGGAAGACACCUUCUUAACUGUUGAUCGUCUUGUGAAUGGUGACUGGCAGGCAUUCCGAUCAGACUCCCAUCCUUCAACGAAGUUCCAAUGGCUUAGGACAAACACUAUACUUGGAUUCAGUACCGUCAACGUCUCCUGGACGAUCGAGGAUGGAACACCAUCCGGAUCGUACCGUCUUUCUUAUUACGGCGAUGCCAAAUCAUUGUUUGGCUCCAUUUCUUCCUUCGUCGGACACUCGUCCACCUUUGCGACCGCAUGAUGAUUCCCAACGACUCAUUCCACCUGUUGCUAACAUGAACUCUAGUUAUUAGUAUCUUAUGUCCGAUAUCUCAGCUGUGUCCAUUUGAUGUCGAGCAAUGGGUAUUCUUAUGCAAACAGGUUUGGGAUACAAUACAUAACGAUGUCGACAGCAGGAGAUUUCGGAGCCGUACUACAAAAUAACAAGCAAAGCAAACAUUCAACGGCAAAGCGUUGUGGACGUUGCGGAAUAUCGACCAAACACAACAAGAUUGAAAGCAAUGAUUAAGUAGGAUUCGAGAGCAUCGGAAAAGUGUAGAACGACGUGACGCGGAAAUUGAGAAACGAGGAGCAAGAGUGAAAGGAUGAUAGAAAGGGUUUUUGCCAUGGUCACAAUCAGGAUGGUAAAAUCGGUCCAGCUUGAGUCUGGCCAAGGAUGUGGCGAGGCUUCUUCCCAUGUAGUUUAGCAUUUAGCUCGACGACGGUGUCAGAAAUAUCCGUCUCCGAGAUAGAAUGCUCCUGGAGCUUGUUCCGCAAAUGAGGAAAGCUAAACAUAAUGGACGUUAGCAAAAUCCAUACGAUUUCUCACAUCCCCAAACGAAUCCAGCAUCGCGGAAGUUAGAUCGACCUCGGGCUCCGUCACGAAAGUAAACAACUAACGUGUUUUGAAAACAUCGUCCGACAGUGAAUGACGAGCUCCGUCAAUGGGGACGGAAAUUGAUGUGUU